AUGAGGAUGAGGGUGCUUGUGGUAUUUCCAGGACAAGAAGAAGAAAGCCGAGAGGUUGUUCUCUUGCAAGAUCUGCACAGUUUUGCAGGCCCACCAGGUGCCUUCUUUAUCCCCUACCUCAUCUUCCUCUUCACUUGUGGGAUCCCAGUGUUCUUCCUGGAGACAGCGCUAGGACAGUACACCAGCCAGGGAGGGAUCACCGCCUGGAGGAAGAUCUGCCCUCUCUUUGAAGGAAUUGGAUACGCCUCACAAGUCAUCGAAUCCUAUCUGAAUAUCUACUACAUCGUCAUCCUAUCUUGGGCUAUCUUCUACCUAUUCAGCUCCUUUACUGCUGUGCUUCCCUGGGCCACCUGUAAUAAUCCUUGGAACUCAGAUCACUGUGUGGACUUUCUGAAUCACUCUAACGUGGAGAACUGGACAGCGCCUGCUAAUGCCACCUCCCCAGUUACUGAGUUCUGGGAGUACGUACCCCGGUUUCACACUCUUCUCUCCUCAAGCGGUCACAGCAGUGUGAAUACUCCAAAUGGAGUCUCU